GCGGCAUGUUGACCGCAAGCGUCCCUCAACUUUUCCAAGUUCCCCAGCAAGGUGCGGUGCCGAUCGUGGCCCAAAGCAUGCCUGCCUCCACAGUUUCAUCUGUGGGUGCUUCUGCGGUGGUCGCUGAAUCAACGGCUGCGAAACCCGCGCCGGUUCCUGCAGGGGUCGUCCAGGCGGCGUCUACUGUGGCGAAGGCAGAUCGCGCGGAGGCCAAGAGCAAGACGGUUGGGUCCCUACUGUCGGCCUACGACGACGACGCAGACAGCGAGGAGGGAGACGAGGAGGCGAAACCCCCGGCUGCUUCCAAUCCUGUCCUGGAGUCGAGGCUCGCCGGGGAAGCAUACGGGGGUAGGGGGUUUCGGGGUUUAGGGGUUUAG